AUGGGGCGCACCGUGCUGUACGCGUCGAGUCCGCGCGACUCGAGCAUCCUCAACCUCGUCGUGUGCAUCGCCGGCAUCUACGUCUGCUACCUCAGCUACGGCAUCUUCCAGGAGAAAAUCUUCACGUACCGGUCGCCGAGCGGCGGCAAGUUCACGGCCACGCUCUUCAUGCUGUUCGUGCAGUGCGUGACCAACUCGCUGGUGGCGUACGCGGCCACGUUCGUGUGGAAGCCCGAGCGCGCGCGCAUGCCGCUGGCGCCCUUCGCGCUGACCGCCGCCGCGUACCUGGGCGCCAUGCUCUGCAGCAACGAGGCGCUCAAGCACGUGAGCUUCCCCACGCAGGCGCUGGGCAAGUCGUGCAAGAUGAUCCCGGUCAUGCUCAUGGGCGUGCUCAUCCGCCGCAAGAAGUACACGCUGCGCGACUACGUCUGCGUGCUGGUCAUCACCACGGGCAUCGCCGUGUUCCAGCUGGGCAAGGCCUCGGCCAAGCACGCCGAGCGCGAGAACAGCACGUACGGCCUGCUGCUGCUCUUCUCGUCGCUCACGCUGGACGGCAUCUCGGGCCCCAAGCAGGAGGAGAUCGCGCACCAGCUGCGCCCCUCGGUGCACCAGCAGAUGCUCAACACCAACCUCUGGGCCGUCAUCUACACGGGCGUGGGCGCGCUCGUCACGGGCCAGGCGCUGGAGGGCUUCUUCUUCUGCAUGGAGAACCCGGCCAUCCUCAACUCGGUCUUCUACUUCUCCGUGUGCAGCGCGCUGGGCCAGAACUUCAUUUAUUUCACCAUCCAGCAGUUCUCGGCGCUCACGUGCACGACCAUCACCACCACGCGCAAGUUCUUCACCAUCCUCUUCUCCGUCGUCUGGUACGGCCACGAGCUCAGCCUCAUGUCGUGGGUCGGCGUCGCCAUCGUCAACGUCGGCCUCGCCUGGGAGCUCUCGAGCAAGUACCAGAAGUACCAAGCGCAGAACGCCAAGCUCACGUAA